AUGUCCAGCUAUUCUAGUCACCCCGACUCUGGCCCCCCCCCCCAAGUCCUGGUCAUUACCGGUGCUAGAUCAAUCCUUCGCAUUGUUGGGCAACGUCGCGCGAUCUCAUGGUCCAUUCUCGAACCACCUCCCAAGGGAGGACGAAUGCUCUUCAAGGACGUCCUGGAGAUGGAUGAUAUUGAUGAAAACGACGGAUUACUCCCUGAUCUGAAGCCGAAGAACCCCAAGCGGGAGAAUCUUAAAGCGUACACGGCCUUUUCUGCAUGGGAGUCAGGUGAGGGUGCGACGGUAUGGAGCGGUAUAUCGGGCUGUGGAGUAUUCAAUGGUGAUCCGGGUGUGAAGAUGUGCAGCUUGUGGAUAGCAGCUUCUUUGGCUGGGAAGGAGCUGCGGAUUCUUUGCGACCCGUCGCAAGGCGAAUUUUCGACGUCGUUUGAGAGGGUUAUCUGCCAGUUUGGUCGGGGCUCGACAGUCGCGGAGUUGAAAAAUCGGCUUGAUAGCAUUCCGAAGUGGACAACCCGUCUUGAGACGGUGAAGUUUUGA